CUUUUUAAAAAAGAAAAAGAAAAUCGAAGGGAAUGAAGGAAUCGAUGAAUAUUAUCAAACUAUAAUCUAUGUAACUCGUUGCAGAUGAAAAUUCGCCCGGAGACUCUUUGUAUUUGAUUGCUCGGCACAAACAUGAUUCACUUUGUGGUUCUCAUAAGUCGACAAGGAAAAGUCAGGCUGACAAAAUGGUACUCACCCUAUUCACAGAAGGAAAGAACUAAGGUCAUUCGAGAGCUGAGUGGAUUGGUUCUCAACAGAGGACCAAAGCUCUCUAACUUUGUGGAGUGGAGAGGAUUGAAAGUCGUUUAUAAAAGGUAUGCGAGCCUGUACUUUUGCAUGUGCAUCGAUCCUGAAGACAAUGAGUUAGAGAUACUUGAAAUCAUUCAUCAUUAUGUCGAGAUUUUGGACCGCUAUUUUGGCAGUGUCUGUGAGUUGGACCUCAUAUACAAUUUCCACAAGGCCUACUAUGUAUUAGACGAGCUUCUGAUUGCUGGUGAACUCCAAGAAUCGAGCAAGAAGACUAUUGCGAGGCUAAUAGCUGCACAGGAUUCACUCGUGGAAGCUGCAAAAGAAGAGGCCAAUUCCAUCAGCAAUAUAAUUGCCCAAGCUACCAAGUAGGGUUUGCUGUGCCUCGUGGUCCUUGUUGUAUUGGCUGAGUCUGAAGGGAUAAUCUGCUUUAGUUCUCUCAGUUAGCCAAUUGAAAUGCAAUUCAGCUGUGAAUUAAAGCUUGAACUUUAAGCUGUACUUUGAGUCCGAUGUUUUGUGUGAUGUAUAGUUCGCAAAUUUGGUCUUCAGCUUUGAAGAACCAAUAGAUGAUAUAUUGUAAUCGAGGAAUGGAACUGUUUCGGAAUGAAAUCAAUCGUAUAAGAUGAGAUCUUUUGGUA